UCUCUCUCCCUCUUGCUCACGCCACUUUCCACGUACCAUUCGCCGUGCCACAACCGAAACAUUGCAUCUACGUUCGAUUCUGUUUGCACACCGAUGUAGCCAGAAUAAUGCUAAUCACAGUUUUCCCUUCCAUUGUGCAGGCUAUAGUAGUUAAAGCUAGUUAAGCGAACGUGCUGCUAACAAUUGUUCGGCUCCAGAUCACCCAAAAACACAGCAAUCCAGUUUACGAGGAAGCCACACACCGGACACACCGCAUCGUUCAAAGCACUCAAAAGGGCGUGUGUAGCAGAACAAAACGGCAAUGAGCAAUCGGCGCAAGAAAACCGAUCGGCAUGAUCACGAAACGCUUCUCCCGCCGGUCGAUGCCGACGAGGAAAAGCACGAAAAAAGUGACCUGCGGGGUGACUGGGGCAACAUUGCCAUCCUGUUCUUUCUCUACCUGCUGCAAGGCAUUCCGAUUGGACUGGCCUCGGCCAUACCGAUGUUGCUACAGAACCGUGGAGCAAGCUACAAACAGCAGGCUGAAUUCAGUUUCGCUCACUGGCCGUUCAGCUUAAAGCUGCUGUGGGCCCCGAUCGUAGAUUCGCUGUUCUGGAAACGCUUCGGACGGCGAAAAUCAUGGCUCAUUCCGACGCAGUACCUGAUCGGCAUAUUUAUGCUGAUACUUUCGCUGCACGUGAACCGUUGGCUGGGCGCGGAAACCACCGACACUGGUGGCGAUGACCAUGCCACCGAGCAAACCAGCACACUCAACAUUCCGCUACUGACGGUCAUCUUUUUCAUGCUAAACUUCCUCGCCGCCACGCAGGACAUUGCCGUGGAUGGGUGGGCUUUAACGAUGCUGAAGCGCUGCAACGUUGGGCACGCAUCGACCUGCAACAGCGUCGGCCAGACGGCGGGCUAUUUCCUCGGGUACGUCGCCUUCAUGGCACUGGAAUCGGCCGAAUUCUGCAACAGCUAUCUACGCGCCGAACCCGCCCCGGAAGGGUUGGUCAAUCUGUCCGGUUACCUGUGGUUCUGGGGGUUGGUGUUUUUGGUUACCACCACGCUGGUUGCGCUCGGCAAACGGGAACUAUCGCCCAGCCUCGAUCGGGGCCACGAGGAGCAUCUGGAGCUGGACAUCAAGCAAACCUACCGCCUGCUGGUGGACAUUAUGAAGAUGAAACCGAUUCUGACGCUGGUGGCAAUACUGCUGACAGCCAAGGCAGGGUUUGCUGCCUGCGAUGCGGUCACCUCGCUGAAGCUGAUCGAUGCAGGCGUACCGAAGGAUAAACUGGCGCUGCUGGUUGUUCCGCUCGUUCCACUGCAGAUUGUACUACCGUUGGCAAUCAGCAAGUAUACGGCCGGAACGCGACCGAUGGAAGUGUACCUGAAAGCGAUCCCGUACCGGAUAGGGCUCACGCUUGCGGCGGCCGCCAUCGUGUGGAUAACGCCCGCCAUCAUACGCGAUCACCACGUGCCGUACUAUUACUACAUGCUGCUGCUAACGAACUACGGGUUGUACCAGAUCGCGCUGUACAGCAUGUUCGUGGCCGUGAUGGCGUUUUUCGCUCGCAUUAGCGAUCCCGCCGUCGGGGGCACCUACAUGACGCUGCUGAACACGCUCAGCAACCUCGGUGGCAACUGGCCCACGACCGUCGUACUGUGGCUGGUGGACUAUCUUACGUGGAAGCGGUGUUCGAACUCGGCCGAUAACGAUUGUUCGGAUGGAGCGCUAAAGGAUGCUUGCAGUGCCGGCGGUGGCAAAUGCACGAUCACGAUCGAUGGGUAUUACAUAGAGAUAUUUGUCUGUCUGCUGUACGGGCUCGUGUGGUACCGGUGGGGCAGUGGCAGGAUACGUCAGCUACAGGAACUUCCGCUCAAAGCGUGGCGCGUUGCGCGCAGAGUUCCACGAACGCACAGCAGCUAGCAAUUAAUGCAAUUAAUAUGACAAUUCCAUUAAUGUGUGUAACUUGUGUACGGGGAACGGGGUAAACAAGACGAACUGUUGGAUUUGUGCGGUUUUUAAAAACCCGAAACAAAACGAAAAACAUGCGAUAUGGUUUUUUUUAGGGAAAAUUAUACUACAACAAGUUUUGUUUUUGUUUUAUUAAUUUAAACACAAUUCGCUUAGCGUAGUCAUAUACAGGACAAAUUGAUAGCGAGAGAGAGAGAGAGAGAGAGAGAGAGAGAGAGAGAGAGAGAGAGAGAGAGAGAGAGAGAGAGAGAGAGAGAGAGAAGAGGGUACAUUUUUGUGUACAAUCCCACCUUUUUUUUGCUGAAACGAAGAAGAAAAAGCACAAAGAUCGCGCUCCUUCGUGUGCGGUAGAUGGAAGAGUCAGCUAAACCGUAAAAGGAGACACAUCGAAUCAAUCUAUCAACCUACAGUCAGUUGCUUUUUUUCUGUUGCUAUUAUGUUUUGUUAGUAUUUGCUUUCAUUCCCACCUCAGGUGCGGUCAGGGGUAGGAAACAAACAAAAAAAAACGAAGUCUGUCCACACCGAGGUGCUAUUAUUAUGAUGCUUCUUAUCCCGUCGUGCAAUAGUGUGUUGCGUGGCGACAUCCACAGAAAUCACAGUUUAACACUUGCGUGUGAGUGUGUAACAGUAGUGGAAAAUAAAACAGUUCAAAUGUUUUAAUAGUACCGCAAA